AUGUUUUGUGAAGAGAAAAACGUUUCGGCACAUUUGAAACUCGACUGCACUGGAGAACAAAGUUUUGAAGGUACUUUAUUAGAAAUAUUAAGUAUACACUUAAAUUUUACCUACAAAUUAUAUCCAGCAAGGAUGAAAAACUACACAGGGGGUUUAUGGAGCGCGUUAAUUGAAAAUAUCCAUGAUGGAUUAUUCAAUUUUGGUGUAGGUGGAGUUUCCAUAACUGGUGAUCGUAUGGGAAAAAUUGACUUUAUCGAUCAAUUCGCGAAUGAAAAAUUUGUUGCGUUAUAUUCAUCGAGAAAAGGUCAAACGUAUUCGUUUUUAAGUAUAUUUUUACCGUUUAGUCUAACCGUAUGGUUUUUUCUAGUUUUAACACCGAUAAUUUUAGCUUUAUUUAUUUACCAAAUGGUGAAAUUGUUUCAUGAAACUAAUUUAAGUUUAUACUCACUUAUUUUAAGUAAUAUGUAUAUGUACCUAGUUGAACAAUGUACCAAAUAUUGGCAUACAUUUGAAUAUUUUCCGAAUUCGAUUCGAAUAAUUAUCCUUGGCUGGUGGGCAUUUUGUCUUAUAAUGUGUAAUACUUAUAAAAGUCAUUUAGCUGCAUCAAUGUUAAGUACAUUGGAAGUAGAUCCAAAUACUUUGGAAGAUUUGGUAGCUCAAAAUUAUAAUUUCCAUUUUAAUAACGAAGACUCGACGACACUUAAAGAUUCAAUGAUAAAUUCAACGAAUAAAAUUUACUCAGAAAUUUAUGAGAGAUCGUUUAGUAAAUAUGAUGGCUGCGAAUCGUUGGAGCGUUCAUUAUCUGAAAAUUUUGCCAUUAUCGAUGAAUUUUCAUCGCUUAAAUUUCAAAUUUAUUUUCAAUGUACAAAGCUAAGUCAUCACCAUAAAUUUCGUAAGCUACAUGGUGAAAUUUUACCAUCAAGAUAUAGUUGGGCAUUUCAAAAACGUAAACCAUAUAUAACCGUAUUUUCACGUAAAAUGUUACAUUUAUAUGAAGCUGGAAUUGUUCAUAAAAUGUACCGGGGUGUAUUUUAUAGGGAAGGUGCAAUUCCCUAUCCUAAUUCUGAGACGUUCAAUGAAGACACUGUCUUGGAUAUGUAUAAUAUUUUAUCGGUUAUUAUAUUUUGGGCAAUUGGUUUAUUUGUUUCAUGUAUUGUUUUUGUUUUGGAAAGAUAUUGGGUGGUGAUUAUGGGCAAUGAAUGUUUGUAUUUGUUUGGAAACUAA